AUGUUCUCCGGCAAGAACUCUCCUAAACCGCCUCUGGUGCAAAAACCCAUCAUCGACGAAGUAUCAGUUAAUCAACUUGAAUCUUUUUUCGUCUUGUACUGUUUUCAGCUGGAGGUUGUCAUUGAAGCUGAAAAGCAAGCUGCAAAAGAUUUGCUUCGUGAAAAGAGGAAAGAUAGGGCUUUGUUAGCUUUGAAGAAGAAGAAGCUUCAAGAAGACCUAUUGAAGCAAGUCGAUGGUUGGCUUAUCAACGUAGAGCAGCAAUUGGCAGAUGUUGAACUUGCGAGCAAGCAAAAGGCGGUAUUUGAGAGUUUGAAGACGGGAAAUAAAGCAGUUAAAGCCAUACAAAAUGAGAUAAACCUCGAAGAUGUUCAAAAGCUGAUGGAUGAUACUGCUGAGGCAAAAGCUUAUCAAGAUGAAAUCAAUGCUAUUUUGGGAGAGAAGCUAUCAGCUGAAGAUGAAGAGGAAGUUUUAGCAGAAUUCGAGAAUCUUGAGACCGAGAUGAACCUUCUAGAUAUGCCAAAAGUUCCAUCUGCAGCGCCAUCUACAGAAGAACAAGACGAGGAGAAGCUGGAUCUUCCUGAUGUUCCGACCAAAGUACCGACCAUCCCAGAGCCCGAUUCUUCGCCUGAAAUUGAAAUUUCCGAACAUAGAAAAGUUAUGGAGGAGCCAGUACUUGCUUGAUCUGGACAUCAUUCAAUUAUGCGUAAUCGAGGAUCGAUACACGGGCCUCCAUCCCACCACCAUUACUCACUGUAAUUUUAUUUUAAAAUAUCGUUUUCUCAUAUUUAGUAUAUUCCAUGUUAUUUUGCUCUGUCAAAGUUUCCAGAUGACAAAUGUUUCUUCUUCAGUGUUCUGUAAAUUAGUUUUCGUUUUUCUUGA